UGGUCGGCGCCCUGGGUCUCCCCCCUCCCACCCUCCUUCCUCCGCUUCCCGCUCCCUCCCCCGCCCGCCCUGCGCAGCCAGCAGGGACUGCUGCCCGGAGCUCCCCCGGAGCCUCAGGUGGCGAAUACUUACUUGGUGGGAAAUAGAAGAGCGUUUGUGAGCAGAAAGUAUGCCUCCCAAGUUCAAGCGCCACCUAAAUGAUGAUGAUGUCACUGGAUCUGUGAAAAGUGAAAGGAGAAAUCUCUUGGAAGAUGAUUCGGAUGAAGAAGAGGACUUUUUUCUACGGGGACCAUCUGGACCAAGAUUUGGACCUAGAAAUGAUAAGAUUAAGCAUGUUCAGAAUCAGGUGGAUGAAGUUAUUGAUGUGAUGCAAGAAAACAUCACAAAGGUCAUUGAAAGAGGAGAGAGACUAGAUGAGCUGCAGGACAAAUCAGAAAGCUUAUCGGAUAAUGCAACUGCUUUCAGCAACAGAUCCAAACAACUCCGAAGGCAAAUGUGGUGGCGGGGAUGCAAAAUAAAAGCCAUCAUGGCUUUGGCUGCAGCUAUCCUUUUGCUAAUGAUUAUCAUUCUUAUAGUUGUGAAAAACCGUACUUGAUUUGAUGACAGAGAUCCUCAUUAAACAAGAUCUGGGACAGUAAUAAUUAAAGAUUGCUGCAUAAUUUAAAUGAAACCUAUGUAUAUAACUUUCAAAUUUUCUUUUUCAAGAAACUAAAAGGCAAGUACCACUUCAAAUUGGAGCAUUGAGAAUAUCCAAUAAUCUUCCCAACUAGCAAAAUGUGUUUUGAAUAAUUAUAUUUAAGGCAAAGAUAACUCUAUUUUGCUUUAUUCCAAGGAUCUAAUUUGAAACUAGAUACUUGCCAGUUUGUUAUAUGUAUAUAUAGUUAAACACUGAUGACAAUAUCCCAUAUUUGUGUCUUAGUGGCAUUAAAAACAUUUAUUAUUAUAUUAAAAUGAGGGUCAAGCUGGUGGUCAGGAAGCCUGUGUAGAGAGUCCUGACUCUGAUGCUGAAAGAGAUUCAUAACCAUCCCAUCAGUAUAUGAAAGAACAUCAUUCUUUUCAUAUUACAGUUGCUUUGCAGGCCAUUUCCACGUUUAUGGAUUGACAAAAGCUAUGCGUUGUAAAUGUUUCUGCCUUCAGCUCUACCUGAACACAUUCCAGUAAACCUAUUCUGACUGUAUAAGGGAAUGCGUGGUAACUUUUUGGUAUUUGCAUUUUGAAAAUGGGAAAUUUAAACAGUGUGAAAGCAUAAUAUGGUACCAUAAAAUUGGAGAUAAUAAAAGUAUUGGACAAUGUCACUGGAGUGUUUGAAAAUGAGCAAUAUGUAGCACCCAGUCUUGGUCCAGUCGAUUGUCAGUUAAACUACAAUAAAAAGGGACCAAUUCUGAUGUAAGUGCAACCUGCAGGUAAUUUUUUCCUUGAUUUAAUUUGUUAAUAGUUUUCCCUCUUUAAUUUUAACUGUGCCAGAAGAGCUGAAGUUAGCAUAGUCUUCUGCUUUGAAUGUCAUGUUUCUCUGACACUCUCGGUGUAUCCUCUGACACUUUUCAGGACAUAGAUGGUGCACAGUCCAAACAGCCAGUGGCAGUGAGUGGCAGACUGUCAGGAGCUUAGGUCAUCUGUACAUAAUCAGUCAGUAGCAGAUGCUUAGGGGUAUAACAAGAUGUGUUCAUUGUAAAGAGUGCCAACCCCUGAGUAUUGUUUAAACAAGUCAAUGUGAAAAUGCAUCCUGAUGUAUAAGAGGAAAAGGCAUGAUAAUCAAAUUGGAACCUUCGGGAAUUUCUUCACAUGGACAUCUUAAUCUAGAAAUACAGUUCACAGGGAUUGUCAGUAUUGAAGGGGAGAUGGUGGUCCUGUAUAACAUGUGUUAUUUCUGUGAUCAUUUUAAUUCAAAAUGUAUAAAACAAUUUGGAUUUUUCUUUGUUUAAUUCUAUAGUGGUUAAUACUAACAGACAAGAAUAUUUAGAAUGGAAAGAAAUUUGAAAGGUGGCAGCCAGAUUAAGUGAUGCCUAGACCCUUGCAGCAUCUAGAUAUAACUGCUGACUUUACAGUUUCUUGCAUAUUAUGGAAAGUUGACUCUGGUCUGUUCACUCUGUUCGUCAGUUCAUGUGCACAGCAUCUGAACUGAUGAUAAAUCCUCUUGAAAACGAUGGGCCAAGGAGUGUUCUCAAUCCCAGCAGCUGGUAGUUCAGGGACGGAGAUGUUGUACUUAAAUCAGCAGAGCUGGUCCCAGUGUGUGCUUGUCUUGUGUUUGUCUUGAGUUAUAACUAGACUCAUAAGUCAUUAGCUUGCCAUUGAUUAGUGUAGAUGUUUAGUGUCACUCAGUGUCUAUUAGUGAAGAUGGAGUUUUUUUCUAAGAAGACUCCAUAUUUCCAGUGCUUAUUUUAAUAAAGCAUGCCACUUUUAAGGAAACAAUUAUUAAAAAAUAGAAUGAUAAAAUUAUUUUCUAGACAUUAAGUAUAAAAAAGUUUAGAUUACAUAACUUUAUAUAUGUAGUUGUUUGUAUUUAAAUUUAUUGCUACUGAGGAAACCAUGUUGGCAUGUGACUGAGAAUUUUUUACAACAGUGAUGACUUUACUCAGUUUAUUUAUUGUUUUAUCUUUUUUGAUCGUACAUAAUCCUGAGACCUUAAAAUGACUGGCAUGUUUAUGACAUUAUGUGAAAUACUGGAAAUAUGAGCAUUCCCACAAUAAGAAGCUGAGGAGAGCCAGGUGUGAUGGCUCACACCCAUAAUCUCUGCUCUCUGAACACUGAAGUAGGAGGGUUGUCAUGAUUUCGAAGCCCUCCUGGGCUUCAUGGUGUGUUCUGGACCAGCCUGGGCUAUAGAAUAAGAACCUGUCUCAAAAAACCUAAAAGCAAAAAACCAGAAGAGAAGUGGUUGUUCAGAUUGAUGCCAGGCCUGCCUUCAUUCCCUCCUUAAUCAUUCUUUUUCUCAUUCAGCUCAGAUCAUCCUGCACUUGAAAAAAUGAAGUUUUACCACCAUCAAAACUAUCAUAAUUUAACAACAGUGAAGAUCAACAGAACCAUUCAAGUAGCUUUGCUAAUGUUAGUUGGUGCCCAGUGAAAUCAGGUCACUACUUCCAUGCCUGAAGCGUGCCCUUGUGAUUUGGCUAACAGAAGCCUCCUCCCUUGUAGCAGUUUGUGAUGAACAGGUUCUUUCUCCUCGUCAUAACUCAGUGAUGCCUGUGGUCUUUGUUUCCUUUGUCCUAACAAAAACCAUUGGGAACUGUCCCAAAAAAUUUUAUAAACUGAGAAAUUUACUGAUUAAAAGAAGGUCCAGUAUUGAUGGUGGAACAUGGUUUAAAAUGGAGAAAGAGUAAUGUACAUCAGGUACAGAGGUUCCUGUGACUGUCAUUACAGUUCAUUCCUGGGCUCUGUGUUAGAAAGUAAUGUUGGCAUUUUGAUAGCAGAAUCGACAACUUUCUGUUUUGUGUAGCAUGUGAGUACCCUGUAAAUACACACACACAGGCUGAGGAUCAGACAUGGAAAGAGCUUGAAAUUGCUUCUUGCUACUUCCACAUGUUCUGUGUCCUGUCAGCACUGUAGCCCAAACAGACUUGUCACAUCUUGUAUAUACUUUAUGGCUAGAAAAUAUACAAGAAAUCUUUUCAGUGUUAAACACAAAGGUCAUUAGUUGUAUUGAGUCAGAGUGUUGCUAAAUUAAGGACUGUACUACCAAUCAAAUUUUGUGUUUUCACAUGGAAAUGUUAUUGGAAUCAUUUUUACUUUUCUGUGAGUGGUAGUAAGAACAUGAGUCAAUUUAAACACAUGUUUUGGGAAGGCAGUUGCCAUUAAACAGUGUAAAGUGGGUCAGAAGGAGCAGAAAGGGGCCAUCUUAGUCCAUACAAAUGUCUGGACUUAGACUGACAGUCUGAGCCUAUUUUGUGUGUAUUGUUUUUGAGACUGUGACCCAGGCUGGCCUCAAACUCACAGAGAGCCACUGGCCUCUCCCUCCCGAGGGGUGGCAUUAAAGGUGUGUGCCACCAUGCUCUGCAGUGCUGUGGACAUCACCUGUAUGCUGUGAAAGCGGCUGUGGGACUGGCGGGUGAGAGAUUUGUCCCUGACUGUGGGCCAGGCGGGACACAGGAAACUUUCAGCUACACUGCAGCCUUUUUCCUUUUGUUCAAAGGAAGAAUUCCUGGGCUCAAGUGAUCUUUCCAACUUAGCCUCAGAAGUAGCUGAGACUCCCCACGGGCACCACCACGUGUAGAUGGGCCUUCUCUUUAAACCUGAUGUUAGUCUUACUCGGCUCCUUAUUUUCAUAUGUCAAGUAGGAUAAAGGGUGGAGCACACUUGUAUGCUGACUCUCAUUUUACAAAGCUACUUAGAACAAGUAGGUAAGGACGAAAACAUUGCUAAUCCAAUUGGGAUAAGGGUAAGCUUGUAAAGAAGGACCAUGCCUUAGCAGAUGCCAGACAAAGGUGUCAGGGAGAGGGUUGUGCUCCAGAAGUCACUGUGCUGGUGUGAGAGCUGAUUUCCAGUGUGUCCUGAGAGGUGACGUGAGUGAUCUAGGUGAUUACCUGGAGAUAAAAGUGUUCUUGUUACAGUUGAUACAGAAAAAUUCUGGUUUUACAGUGUUGCAUUAGGUUCUUUUCACUUGAAAAGAUUAUGAAAUAAACUCACAUUAUUUUACAGCUGUAAAUUGCAUAUGUCCAAGGAUCUAGUAAAAUGUUAGAGAUAAGAAAAUUCAAGCAUUGUUUUUAUGUCUUAGUUAUAUGUUAUUAUUUUACACCCCUUAAUCCCUAAUUUAACCACUUCGGCAAGUGCCUUUGACAUGUAAGGGGUAUGAUGGGAAAUGAGCAUAUAAAAAUGCCAUGCCCCUUUUCCUGGCUUCUCAAUUCCUCAUAACCACUUAUGUUUUAUAGUGCUACAGAGUUCAGUCCUUUGUGUUCAUAUGGAAUGUAUUUGUAGCUUCUCCAUAGAAAACAGCAAAAUAAACCAUUUUGUAGAAAAUGAAAAGUAA